UCCCCGCCUCCUUCACCUCCUCUCCAUCCCUCUGCCUCUAGCUCUUGCUGGGAACCACCUGAGCACAUCCUUUUCCAGGAGUCCUCCUCCUGCCUGUACCUGAGCCCAUGUUCUGGGGACUGCCUGGAAGUCCGGAGCCUCCUCCUGAGGGGGAGCUGGUGCCAGGCGGCCCCUCUUAGGAUGAACCAGCCGGUCGGGUCCCUGGGACUCUGCAGAAUGACAUAGAGGAGGCAUUUCAAGCAGUUGGGAGCUGGGCUUGCUUCAGGACCCUGCCAACUGGAGGUAGCGUGUGAAGGGGGUCUCUGUUCCUGAAGGAGGGGAUCAUGGCCUCCAUGUUGCUCACCCGGCGGCUGGCCUGCAGCUUCCAGCACAACUACCGCCUACUUGUGCCCGGACCCAGACACAUCAGCCAAGCCGCAGCCAAAGUCGACGUUGAAUUUGAUUAUGACGGGCCUCUGAUGAAGACGGAAGUCCCAGGGCCUAGGUCUCGGGAGUUAAUGAAACAGCUGAAUAUAAUUCAGAAUGCAGAGGCCGUGCAUUUUUUCUGCAAUUAUGAAGAGAGCCGAGGCAAUUACCUGGUCGAUGUGGAUGGCAACCGGAUGCUGGAUCUUUAUUCCCAGAUCUCCUCCGUCCCCAUAGGUUACAACCACCCUGCCCUCAUGAAACUCGUCCAACAGCCUCGGAACGCGAGCGUGUUCAUCAACAGACCUGCCCUCGGAAUCCUGCCCCCCGAGAACUUUGUGGAGAAGCUUCGCGAGUCCUUGCUCUCGGUGGCUCCCAAAGGGAUGUCCCAGCUCAUCACCAUGGCCUGCGGCUCCUGCUCCAACGAAAACGCCUUCAAGACCAUCUUCAUGUGGUACCGGAGUAAAGAAAGGGGUCAAGCCGGUUUCUCCAAAGAGGAGCUGGAGACGUGCAUGAUCAACCAGGCCCCCGGGUGCCCGGACUACAGCAUCCUCUCCUUCAUGGGCGCGUUCCACGGGAGGACCAUGGGUUGCUUGGCGACCACACACUCCAAAGCCAUUCACAAGAUCGACAUCCCGUCCUUCGACUGGCCCAUCGCGCCAUUCCCACGGCUGAAAUAUCCUCUGGAAGAGUUUGGGAAAGAGAACCAGCAAGAAGAGGCUCGCUGUCUAGAAGAGGUGGAGGAUCUGAUCGUGAAAUAUCGGAAAAAGAAGAAGACGGUGGCCGGGAUCAUCGUGGAGCCCAUCCAGUCUGAGGGUGGGGACAACCACGCGACCGACGACUUCUUCCGGAAGCUGAGAGACAUCUCCAGGAAGCACGGCUGUGCCUUCUUGGUGGACGAGGUCCAGACGGGCGGCGGCUGCACCGGCAAGUUCUGGGCCCACGAGCACUGGGGCUUGGAUGACCCUGCAGACGUGAUGACCUUCAGCAAGAAGAUGAUGACCGGCGGCUUCUUCCACAAGGAGGAGUUCAGGCCCAACGCUCCUUACCGGAUCUUUAACACCUGGCUGGGGGACCCGUCCAAGAACCUGCUGCUGGCCGAGGUCAUCAACGUCAUCAAGCGGGAGGACCUGCUGAGCAACGCAGCCCAUGCGGGGAAGGCCCUGCUCACGGGGCUGCUGGACCUCCAGGCCCGGUACCCCCAGUUCAUCAGCAGAGUGAGGGGACGAGGCACCUUCUGCUCCUUCGACACUCCAGACGAAUCCGUACGGAAUAAACUCAUUUUAAUAGCCAGAAACAAAGGCGUGGUGCUGGGGGGCUGUGGCGACAGAUCCAUUCGCUUCCGACCCACUCUGGUCUUCAGGGACCACCACGCGCACCUGUUCCUCAAUAUUUUCAGCGACAUCUUAGCCGACUUCAAGUAAAGAAGCCGUUCCCCCUGCGCUCGAGAAAGCCCUGAUUCAACAGUUGUCAAAUUGAUUAGUUUGCCUAAUUCAUGUUUUCACUUAAAGUAUCAGAGGCGAAUGCAUAAACCAGAGGGUUAUUGGUGGGGAGGGGACGGUUUGGGGGCUCGGCGGGAGGGGAGGGGCCGAGGGGCUGGCUUGGGUUUUCCUCCUGCAGAGCCGGUGCGGCACAGUGGUCGAAGCCCAGAAAUUCUGCUUGAGCCCUGGACGUAGUCUCAGGACGGCCCACGCGGGUCCUGGCCGUGUAUCUGUCCACUUUGACCCUGACAAUUUCUUUGGAAGCCAGUCAAGGGAAUGACACCUGCUCUGGAACUGGUGGCUGGGACUUGUGGGUUCCAUCCCUUUCAGUGUAGUAGUCUGUGAUCGGGGGUGCUGGCUCCCCUCGCCCUCUGCAGCAAACACGCUCUCACCCCUCACCAGCCCCUGGAGCCCUGAGCACGUCCCAUGGUCGGUUCAGGGAGGGACAGGACAGAGCACAGGAAGGCAGGACAGCAGGACAUCAGGAUGACCCGGGGGUGUGGGAGGGGGUCUUCUGGCCUCCUUGGGACUUGGGCCACGCCUCUCAGUGCAUCUGGGGAUUUCUCUAAACUGUGAAUCCUGUCCUUGACGGGGCUCUGCCCUGGGAGAACCACCUGCGGCGUCACCCACGGUUCUUACUCACCGUCCCCAUUCCCCAGACUCUUUCCCUCCUGUUAAAUGUCAGCCUAGACCUCUGGAAGGAAGGCGCAGCCUGAGCGUCCGCGGGGACACACGGGAGCUGAAGGAUCAGAAGCACAAGCCAGUCUCCCAGCAGUUGGGGGGGUGGGGAAUGGGAGGGGGCAGGAGCCCAGGGGCUGGGGCUUCGGGGGCCCCUUCCUCCCCCUCCCGCAGUUCCGUUCCGGGGUCUGACUCACGGACCCUGCAUCCCGCAGGCUCUUUCUCUCAUCCUUGCUCAUCCGCCUUUGUCCACUUGUGAGCAGAUGCGGGAACAGCUCUGCUGUUCCACCAGAGGCCGUUAACUGCCGAACGAGGUUUCUUCUGGAGGGAAGCGUCGUGAAUUACAGGCACCAGAGGGAAGAAACAGCCUGGUGGUUCGAGAUGCUUUUCUUGUCCUGGCCACUCCAAGGCAGAGAUUUUCUGACGCGAGUGAGGAUGGAGAGCACAGGCUCAAGGCUUAAUUGGACUCUGGCUGGGACGAAGGAUCGGUGCUGGAGGCAAGGCAUUCUUGGAACUGACUUGACCUCAAAUGUUCCCCAAAGGGGCACUGUUAGUCCUACAGCGAUGAAGUGUUGAUUAGUGGGUGGAGGCAGAAAGUCUGGCUUGUAUUCUCUGUCCAGAAGGAAGCCGCCCCGUCUCCUGGUGCCUUGGUGGACUGCUGGGGGAGACGGGCGUGUCGAGGCUCUCGAUGAGUACUUUGCGCUUUUAAUAAUUCAUCAUCCAAAGAUCUCAAAGUGGUUUUUUUUCCUGCUUCCACCCUUCAGCAGACUUGGUCAUCCACCUAUUUUUGUUGGGAACGAAAGGCACUGACGGGUUGGAGAGACGCGGGCAGAUCCGUGAAUUCAGUUCACUCUGCAUUCUCGCAGCCCGGGCUCACGGUUGCUUUAAGAAGGCACUCUGCCGUGCUCAAGGCCGUUUGUGUGACCGGCUGCACGGUGCUGUGGGACUCUCUCUCCCUGCAAGGUUUUACUCAUUCAUAUAUUCAUUUAUUUAUUCAAUCAUUCAUUCAUGAAACUUCCAUGAGGUACCUGCUGUGUCCCAGACCCAGUGCUAAGCACCAGGAAUACAAAGGUGAAAUGGAACACCGUCCCUGCUCUCCAGGGACUCACAUCCCACUGGGGACAACAGGCUCUUAAAGCAGAGUGGCAGGUGCUGUGAUAGAGAUAAUGUGUAGGAACAUCAGGAAACCCGAGGGAGCACCCCAAUCCACCAAAGGGUCAGAGGAGCUCUCAAGGAGAAAUUGAUGUCUAAGCAGGGUUUUGCAGUAUGAGCAAGAGUUCACCAAGCAGACAAGGCAAGGAAGAGUGGCAGAAAGGGAACAGUAUGUGCCAAGACACAUCAGUUCCUGGUCUCACACCUUUCCCUGGGGAUCCAGAUUCCACAGGCAAUAUCCCAACAUCCAAGGCCUUAUUUAACAAACAGCCAAAAUGCAAACCAAACCAUAACUCAUUUAUUGGCGUAAGGACGCUUUCUCCUGAGAACUUCAGCGCUGGGUGCAAACAUUCAAUAAGGUUCCUGGAGUCUAGAAGGUUUUUAAGCCGGGGCACAACCAGAAACUUGGCUCCCUUCAGUGGAGAGAGUGGCUCCAAAAUUUUGUUCUCUCCCCACGGGGCACUGGCAGAAAAAUGCAAUCAUUUUGUCUGGAAAGUCAUUUCCAGACUUCUUCACUCCUUGCCAAGGGAAGUUACUUCUCAGAAAACUUAAGCCAUUUAUCCACAAGUUCUUGUUGACUCAGGGCAUCAUGAGUUCCUGAGACAUCCUCUUUCUGGGGGUGGGGUAUAGCUGGAAGAAUUUCAAGGAGAAAAUUCUCGGCAGAGCUCAAGAUCAUAGAAGCUUGGAGGAGGCUGAUGAAAACAUAGGGAGCCCAGCGGACGGGUCGCUGUCUAGGGCAGAGACCAUGAAGAAGCUGUGUGGCCCACGGUCUGGAAGUCAGUCCAUCACACAUUAGCGCCAUAGAGUUUAGUCAACGUCCCUAGUAAGCCUUGUCACUUUUACAGAAAAUAAGGUCCAGUACUAGCGAGUCUCAGCACAUCCUCAAUUUUAUUAUAAAUGGGUGUUUUUUUAAUAAUUUUUACUGACACUCAGUAACCAUGCAAAAUUGUGCACAACAUUAAUGUAUCGAUAUACCUAUACCUAUCUAUCUAUCUAUCUAUAUCAGCUCAUGGUAGAAAACCAUCGCUAGGAGCAUCGCCCACUUACGCAGAUGAAGUGAUCUUGUUUACAGUAUUCUGUUGACAGUGCCAAUAAAUGAUAAAGAGAUUAACAUGUCACAAUGUAACUGAUGACCAUAUGCACAGUUCCAUGAAUUAAAUGUUUCCUGUGUUAAUCAGUAUUCUUGAAUUAAAAAAAAAACAUUUAUAAUGGAAA